GCAAAAUGGACAAUUGCCACAACUAUGCCACAACAUCGAAAAAGAAACGAAUCCCCAUCUCGGACGAUAUACACAUCAUUAUCAAAAAGUUCCGUGACAAGGACAAGCACGAUGAGAAGCCAUCUACUUCAGGUGACCAUGACUACGAUGAUGAUCAUAGCAUGGAUUCGGAGGAAUUGCGGCGCGUCCGACAUCAGGAACCGUCAUCAUCCUCCUCCACUCUGGUAGGCAUAACUUCGAAUAGCAACAGCAACAGUACAACCUGUCCCAGCGGCAGCUCGUUACAGACGGUCGGACUGGGAAGUAAUCACGCGGUGCAGGUGCAGCUGCAGCCCCAGCAACACAUCAUCUCGCUGGCCCAGUCCCACACCGGACUGGUGGCGAGCAGUAGUGCAAACCUAGCAUGCCAAAGCAGCAGCAACAACCAAUCGGAAGACAUCAAGCUCAUACUGCGGAAGCUCUCCAACAUCGAGGAGCUGCUGAAGGUGGUUGCCGAACAGAGUCUAAGCCGUCUAACGACGAUAAAGCAAGAAACGGGUGCCACACUGACAGCUGUCGACACGAACCAAAUCAUUCAGCAGCAUCAUCAGCAACAGCAACAGCAACAGCAACAGCAACAGCAACAACAGCAACAACAACAACAGCAACAACAGCAGCACCAUCAGCAGCAACAAACGGCGGCGGUUGCACCGAAUGUGGAGAUUGAAUCGUGUUUCAAGUUCCCGAUCCGCUCGCUUAAAGAGUUGAUCGAGCUGAACAAAAGCAUCUGCGGCGAUGAGUCGCUGUACAACAAGCUGUUCGAGCAUCUCACCAAAAUAAGACUGGACUGUGACCAAAACAUUGUCAUCAACGCGCUCACGUCGAUCGUCAGCGACGAGGUGCUGGAUGCGGUCACGUGGGACACGGGCAAAAAGUUUAAACUGUCCUCGGUCGUGCUGUUUAGCGAUUCGCUGUACGUCGCUUGGUUUAAGGACAAAAUGAAGUACGACGAGUAUGUGACCGAGAUGAAGGAUGCCAUCGAACGAUCGCACAAGCGGCAUGCGAAGGUAAAGACGAAACGAAACCAACAGAACAGUGGCAACCAAGCGUUGCAGCAGCCCCAAACCCUGCAACCGAUCAUGCAUUCGCCGUUAGGGACGACGAACAGUGCCAGCACGACCACCACCAACGUCCAGCCCGGCGGAACCGUUGUCAGCUCGCUGAGCUGCGACAACAGCGCAUUAGUGCUCGAAUAGUGAA